AUGACUGGACGUCCCAAUCUUGUUUCGGAUGAGACACGGGAUAGAAAAGAUGAAUUAAAAGAGUGGGUGAAGCAAGUGAGAGAAGUUGCUUUUCGCAUGGAAGAUGUGAUCGAUGAAUUCUUGUUGAAAGUGAAAAAGCAUGACCAAAAGCAACGACUUGUUCGCUUUGUUGCUAAAACUGGUAACGUUCUCAAAACUGUCAAAGUCCGUCUUAAGAUACAAGCGGAGAUUCGGGACAUCAAAAAAACACGAGAAAGACUCGAUAAAUUAAAAGAUUCUUUCGGAUUAGACACGUCAUCGUCAGGACGGAGAGCAGAGAUGUCUGCAACUGCCGGACAUGGCCUUCGAAAGAGUGCUCGGUUCAUGGAUGAAGCUGAACUUGUGGGUGUUGACGAGACUAGGGAAAUGCUCAUGGGUUGGCUAAGAAAACAAAAUGGACGCACAGCAGUAAUUUCAGUGGUCGGCGAAGGGGGAUUAGGAAAAACCACUAUUGUGAGUAACUUGUAUAAGAAGCAAAAAGACGAAAGAUAUUUUGACUGUUACGCUUGGAUCAAUGUCUCUCACUCACUCGAAGCCAAAGGACUAUUAAGAACUAUGAUCCGUGAUUUCGACAAAAAUGCUACCAUGAAAAUUGAAGACGACAUGGAACAACAUGAGUUGACUGAGAAACUUAAACAAUACUUGCAAACAAAGAAGUAUAUGAUUGUUUUUGAUGAUGUACGGGACAUCAACUUUUGGGGAAAUUUUCUUAAUGCAUUACCAGAGGCAGAUAAAGGCAAAGACAGCAGGGUAAUAAUUACAGCAAGAAAUAUAGACGUUGCAGAAAAUUGCAGAGUUCGCAGGGCUGACCAUCACAUUCAUGAGCUAAAACCCUUAGAUCCAAAAGUUGCUUUAAAGCUCUUUUACAGUGAGGUCUUUGAUUCUAAAGGUUGUGACGAUCAAGAGCUGAAAAAAUUGUCUGAAGAUUUCGUGAGCAAGUGUAAUGGAGUGCCAUUAGCAAUUGUAGCUCUCGCGAGUCUCUUAUCAACUAAAAAGGAAGAUGUCUCAGAAUGGGAAAAGGUGCGCUGGAGUCUAAACUUAAAAUUCAUAAAUAAUCCCCAUUUAAGAAGUUAUUUCCAAGUGUUAUCAGAGAGUUACGACGAUCUUGAUCACCACCUCAAGUCAUGCCUCUUGUACUUUGGUCUUUUUCCGGAAGGUUAUGCCAUUAGUUCCACUCGACUCAUCAAUUUGUGGACAGAAGAGGGUUGCCUAAAUCAUGAUGAUGGUGAUCAAGUAAGGACUGAGGAAGUAGCGGAAAGUUACUUGUGUGAACUAAUUAAUCGCAGCUUGGUUAAAGUAUCGGAAAGGGAUCCUGAUGGCAGAGUUCGAAGAUGUCACAUCCAUGAUUUAAUGCACGAAUUUCUUCUCAAGAAGUGUGAGGAUCUGGACUUUGGCCAAGUCAUAAAAAGUGGGCAGUUUCAGUUUCAUCCAUGGACCAGGCGGCUGUCGAUCCUCACAAAUAGCAUUCAUGAUGAUAUUACAAGGGCUGCAAAUCACAAGAGAGUGAGGUCUUGCUUUUGUUUUAACUUACAAGAGUUGCAAAAGCCUCUGGUGCAAUCAUUUCUAUCCAGCUUCAAGUUCUUGAAAACCCUGGACUUUGAAGAUGCUCCUCUCGAUCAUCUUCCUAAAGCCGUCGGGACUUUGCUGCAUCUACAGUAUCUGAAUCUAAGGAACACGCGGAUCACAACCAUUCCUAAGUUUAUUUGUAAGCUUCUUAAUCUAGAGAUUCUGAACCUAAAGCAUACUCUAGUAACAGAGCUGCCACCAUAUAUUUACCGGCUUGUCAAGUUGCGUCAUCUCAUAGCAUAUUCAUCUUCUCAUGGAGUAAUACUAAAGAAAGGCAUCAAGAGUUUAAAGGCUCUGCAGAAGCUAGCAAAAGUUGAUGCAUCUAAUGGUGAGGAUGGUGUCAUCGAGGAAUUGAUUGACAUGAAGGAAAUGAGGAGGCUGGGCAUUAUUAACAUAAGGAGGCAACACGGGAGACUGCUAUGUACUGCAAUAGAGAAUAUGCAGCUUGUUUGCUCAUUAAGUAUUGCAGCACCAUAUGCCGGUGGGAUCAGUGAAGUUCUUAGUUUGGGUUCCAUAAACAACCCUCCUGAGGACUUGAAACGUCUUUACUUGGUUGGCCGCUUAGAGAAAUUAGCAAAUUGGAUUCCCAGACUUGGCCGGCUAGUGAAGCUCCGACUGGCUUGGUCAGGAAUAGAAGAAGACCCAAUGCUUGCUCUCAAGGACUUAACAGAUUUGGUGGAUCUUCAGUUAUUGAAAUCAGCAUACGAUGGCGAGGAGUUACACUUCAAAAGUGGAUGGUUUAAGAAGCUUAAGGUUUUGGAAUUACGUGGCAUGCAGAGGCUUAGGAGGUUAAGAAUAGAGUCCGCAGCAAUGUCUUCGCUGGAACAUCUACAACUUGGGUCUUGCCAUCAGAUGGAAAAGGUGCCCAGUGAUAUUCAAACCUAAGAUCUCUCAAAUUUCUUCAUCUUGAAGAUAUGUCAAGAGAC